ACUAUGAAUACUAUCAUGGUAAAAUGAUAACUGAAACAAUCACAAAUGUUUUAUGACAAGAGUCAGAAAUUAUAAAAACAGACUGUAGAGAAGAGUAAAAAAAUGUCAAUUUACAAAGAGUUGAAGCACUUUUUGCUGUCUUUACACAGGUCAAACAAACAGCAAGAAAAAGAAGCUAAGUUUGAGAGAAUUCAAACUGAGCAUAUCAAAACUAUAAGAAAACUGAACGAAAAGCGACGAACAGUAGAAGGCAAACUGGAGCGCAGGGAAAUAGUCAAAGACUACUCUAACUACGAUUCCCAGACAUAUGCUCCCAUGUCCAGAGUAGGCGUGUUCCUUGACCGCGGCUCUGAACAAUAUAAUGUAAAAAGCUACCACCUCAGCACCUACCAGGGUCUGUUAGAGCUGGAGGCCUCCCUCCCAGACUUUGUGACACAGCCUAGGAUUCAAGCUCCAAAGCCCAAGUCCAGUGGGAAAGGAGGAUUUGUGAAGAGGAAGCAGCGACGUCAGCGGGAGUUAGAAGAAGUGGCAAAUGCAAUCGAGUUAGCUAAGAGGCCCCCAGAGCCUGAAAAACCGCUCAAGUUUUUGGUGAAGGUGGAGAAGCCAAUACCACGCCCUCCGACUCCAUCGGUUCAGGUCCCAUCCCAGUUUGAAGAAGAGGAGGAGCUGGCCUUAAUUUUCUUACAGAAAGUGAUCCGCGGCCGUGCUAUUCAGAAUAUGAUGUUUGAAGGAAAGGAAAAGCGCUUGGAGCUGAUUCAGGAGCUGCGCAGUACGCAUGCCCUUCAAGAAGCUGGUCAGCUGGACAAGAGAAAUGAACGACAGGCUGUGUUGAGCUUACAAAGGCAAAGGAGACUGGACACUAAUAAGGAAUCGUUUGUAGAGGAAGCACUCGCUCAGAUGGAAGGUUCUACUCUAGCCGACAUGUUUGACUUUUUGAGCAAGGAGCUCAUUCGACUUCAGGAAGAGAGAAGAAUCCAUGCAUUUGCCAUGCUGGCUGAGCGUCAACGAAGAAUUCGUGAAGCUGAGGAAAGCGGAAGGCGGCAGCUUGAAGAAAGGAGAAGACGAGAAGAGGACGAAAUUUUCAAACAGGUUGUCAAGGUUCAUCAAUCAACUGUUGAUACUUACCUUGAAGAUAUAAUCAUGGGAGCCAUUGACAAGACAGCCGAUGAACAGGCCCGGAAAGAAAUCCAAGAACAAGCAGAAAAGAUCAACCAAGUAGCUUACGACAUGGAGAAAACGCGAACCAGACUACAAUCUGAAGAAAUUGUUGCCGAGUUGGUCACGUCGUUCCUGUUACCUGAAGUACAGAAGAUUACAAUGAGAGAGAACGUGAAGCGAAGCCAGCGGAAACAUCUUUUGGCAGCUCACAGAAUCAUCCAUGGGGAAGCAGAGACAAUAAUGGAACAACAACCAAAUCCAGAACCCGUGAAGCAAGACAAACUGCCUGACAACAAACAAUCCGACGAGGCUGGGGAACCCGAAAGACCACCCUCGGGACAAAGAGUCUCAUCCCGACCACCUUCGGGGCAAAACCCGUCGUCCCGACCAACCUCAGUAAAAUCGCCCUCUUCAAGGCCAGCGUCUGGAAAGUCACAGAAAUCAGAUCAUGGUAGCGCUAAACAGCCAUCUAGAACAGCUAGCCCAAAGUCUGCACAGUCCUCGAGAGCUGGGUCGCCAAAGUCGCGUUCCUCUCGGACAAGUUCGGCUAAGUCUCGGCCUGAUUCGUCAUCAUCUCGUCCGUCGGCGGAGCCAUCAAAUGCCGGUGCCGAUGAGGCUUCGUAACUGACACAGUUUGCAAAGUUUAUUUUGAAAUUAUUAAGUUCGAAUUGUAUAGACUGACUAUUUACUCCAGUAAUGAAGUGCUUGUAUAUUUCGAGUUGACAGCAGGUUUAAUAUUCAAUGAAUGAAUAGAUUGCCGUAGAUUUUUUGUGUUGAUUGAUCUCUUUGUAAAUAAACUCAGUCCACUGUAUUUAUCUUA